UAGAGCAGCAGCAGGUGUCGACUUGGCCACCGCCUGUCGCUCCCAUCCUACCUUCCUUCUUUGGCAGGAAACGCCUCAUAUUCGCUGCUCUUUCCCGCCAGCUUUCCCCAUCGCUCUAUCUUCCCUUCGUGCACUGUCGAGCAAGCAUUUCGGCAUGGCGUCGAUGGUGAUCAGCGACGCAUAUGCGGUUGCUGCUGUUACGUCAGUCGCUGUGCUUCCAUCUUCAUGCACAGGCAGCCAACCCGCUUCCUCCGUCGCUUUUCCGCGGACAUUCUUUAGCGGAGCAAACGCGAGCAGCAGCCGCGCCACCAGCGGAUCGAGGCAGGCGUUGAGGGGACACGUGGCAGCAGGAGCGCAAUCGGCGGCUGCAAGGCGGUCGGUGGCUGUGCGAGCCAGUGUAGAAGCGACCAACGGUGCAACCGAGGUGGUUCCCCCUCGCAGUGUGUCUGUGGUGCUGCUGGCGGGCGGAGUGGGCAAGCGCAUGGGGGCCAAUAUGCCGAAGCAGUAUCUGCCGGUGUGCAACCAACCCAUUGCGCUCUACAGUUUCUUCACAUUCGCUGCCAUGCCUGAGGUCAAGGAGAUAGUGGUGGUGGCAGACCCCAGCUACCACGACCUCUUCCAAGAGGCGUCUGCGCGAAUCACCAUCCCGCUCAGCUUUGCUUUGCCCGGCAAGGAGCGCCAGGACUCGGUGUUCAACGGGCUGCAGAAGAUCAGCUCUGAGUCGGCCCUGGUGGCCGUGCACGACUCUGCUCGCCCUCUCGUCACUCCCAAGGAUACCCUCCAGGUCUUUUCCGAUGCCAUGACUCACGGAGCUGCUGUUCUUGCCGUGCCCUCCAAGGCUACUAUCAAGGAGUCUGAUGGCAAGGGCUUUGUGCACCGCACUUUGGACCGGCGUCUUCUGUGGGAGAUGCAGACGCCACAGGUGAUGCGGCCACAGCUGCUGCGAGACGGCUUCGAGCUCGUCAACAGGGAGGGACUGGAGGUGACGGAUGAUGUGUCGAUUGUGGAGUAUCUCAAGCAGCCGGUCAAGAUCACUGAGGGCGCGUACACCAACAUCAAGGUCACGACUCCCGAUGACUUGCUGCUGGCGGAGCGCAUUAUCGGGUGCUCCGUCGAAAAAGCGCCCCUUGCAGCAGCUGCGUAAGCAAGCAGCUACACUACAACUUUGCGCGAGCCAAAUGGUCUCGUUUAGUUUUUUUUUUUGCGAUUCCUUUGAACUCAACAUGUUGGUGUAGUUUUCCUGCAUCUUUAGGGUCUAUAUAGUAGCUUAGGAGGGACAUAGCAUGCCAUCUUGAAAUGGAGCAGCCUUGUCUUGAUACACAUGAACUGCCUUUUUUUUGGUGUUGAAGGCUGGUUGCGCGACGUG